UUGAUUUGAUUUAUUUUUUAAACGCGACCACACUUCACUGAAUAUUUCUUCGCACUGAAGCCACUGAAGCAUCGACACAGCGCGUCCAUCGCUACUUUAUUGGAGUAUAAAAUCAUUCAUUUAAUCUUCGUGUCCGCUUAAACUCUUCUCGGCCUAGCUUAGCUUAGCUUAUUUUAGCUCAGCUUGCUAGCUGCUACCAUAAGGAGACGCGUUUGUUCUCCACACAUCGCUCGGACCGGAUCAAGUGUGUGCGUGUAAAUUGUUGUGGGUUUUUUCGUGCGAAAAUGUUCGCAAGACCUACGGGAGAGUACGAGGAGGAACUUAGCGGAACAGAAGACGCGGAGGAGCGAAAAGGUCAACGACUGGACGCCGUUUUCAAGACGCCUCGAGUUGUGUUACACGCAGCAGGACCAAGCCUUUGUGACGCUCUCCAUCACGGUCAAUCGCCUCUAGACGUCACUGAAAAAUAUCCUCGUCCUGCGCAACAGGAGCCAGGGUCUGCUACGAUUAAAGAGGAGCAGUUAGAGGACGUUCGCAUUAAAGAGGAGGGUGACAUCACAGGGUUGACGGUGACUGUUGUCCCGUUGAAGAGUGAAGGUGAAGGCGCAGGUCAGUCGGAGGAGAACACAGGGGCGGGGCCUCCAAGCAGCAGUCAACACAUGAAAACAGAAGACGAUGGAGACCACAGUGGAGGAUCACAGGGCGAGAGGCUCUCAGCUCCACUGUCCGAUAGUGACGACACGACGUCAUACUCUCCUCACACUGAUGAUGACGAACAUUCUGAAGACGAUAGUAGGACAUCUCACACUGACAACAGACACUGGAAAUGUUCUCAGUGUCUGAAAACGUUUGUCUACAAGUCUCUUUUGAAAACGCAUAUGAUCUGUCACACCGGAGAGAAACCUUUUGUCUGCUCAGAUUGUGGUAAAAGAUUCUCUCACAAGGGACACUUAAGAACGCACGCAAAAACACACACUGGUGAGAAACCUUUUGCCUGCUCAUUUUGUGGGCAAAGCUUCUCUCAGAACGGAAACUUGAGCACACACUUAAGAAUACACACUGGAGAGAAACCUUUUUCCUGCUCAGUCUGUGGUCAAAGCUUCUCCACACAGGUAAGCUUAAAAACACACACAAGAACACACACUGGUGAGAAACCUUUUGCCUGCGUAGUUUGUGGUCAAAGGUUCUCUGAAAGGGCAAACUUGAAAACACACGCGAGAACACACAAUGGAGAGAAACCUUUUGCCUGCACAAUAUGCGGUCAAGGAUUCUCUCAGAAGGGAAGCUUAACGAUACACACAAGAACCCACACUGGUGAGAAACCUUUCCCCUGCUCAUUUUGCGGGCAAAGAUUCUCUGAAAAGGGAACCUUGAUAAAACAUACAAGAAUACACACUGGUGAGAAGCCUUUUGCCUGUUCAAUUUGUGGUCAGAAAUUCUCCCAGAAGGGAAACUUGAACAUACACAAAAGAACCCACACUGGUGAGGGUGGCGAAAGAGUCCCUCAUGAGGAUCAGGUUAAGAAACCCAAGCGCUGAUUAGAAUAACGGUGAUCAAUGAAGCUGUAAAUGCAGUUGUUAAAUAUUGAAGGUAACUAUUAUAGCAUUGAGUGUGCCGACCUUCUUGGAUUCUAGCGGGACAAGCGAUGUAUCUCGUUUGUCCAAUAUUUUUGUGAUCUCAAUAUCGACAGCUGUAAGGGAAUAAUUGAAUGGUAUAAAUUGUGUAGAAACUGACUCUUUGUGGAAAGAUGGAAACAACUGUUUAUGUGAUUUUAAAUAAAAUACAACUCUUCA